GACCUGAUGGAGCACAAUCACGGUGGACCCGAUCAGGAGGUCCAAUACCACGAAGGUAUGGUGUCGACACUUCACACACUUCCUGGGUGUAGGAUGGACUCCGUUCCUGAGAUUUUCCCGAACGGAGACUGCGAGUUCGGCAUGGGAUGUGGAGUGCAAACCGAACGUCCAGGCACCACUACCCAGAAAGUUCCGAGUGGCAACCGGUUCAACUAUGAGAAAGGAGGGAUUCACGUGAUGUCUUUUGAAGCCUAUGGGGAUGAAGAGACCGGUGCGCCACCCGCGAUCAAGAUGUGGUGGAUUCCACGCAAGAUCGCUGAUACAUUCUCGGAAAAAGAAAAGCAAGACGGCAAGUUCUGGGAACAACGGCUCUACGGAACUGGACCGGGAGCCUCUUCUUCCGGAGAACACCAACAAGGAGAACCUCAACAAGACAAGCCGUCCUCUGCAGAAGGGGUCUCGUCCUCUUCUUCUUCCUCUUCUUCUGGAGCAGCAGCAGGAGGAGACUUGGAGAAGCCUUACGUGGUUUUUCCUAUGGGCACGGACAACUGUCCGUUAAAGGAAUUUUGGGGUGACCAAACUGUAAUCAUCAAUACUGAUUUUUGUGGUUCUAUGGCAGGGAAUACCUGGAAGGCUCAGUCUCCGGAGCCGGGUGCUGGGAUGAAGGAGUGCCAGAAGGCAGUCGGAAGUGACGAUUACGCAAAGGAGUGGGACGAUCAAGACGACGCGUUACUCAGUUCUUUGUCCAGCAAAUGGAUUUUUCGGUCAUUGAGAGUGUUCAACCUCGAAGGGCAAGGACGACCCUAUCCGCGUCCUGAUGUUCCAGAAGCGAUAAUCGUCUAAAUCUGGUCAAUCUAGGACAACUUCUAAUUAAGUCUUGUAUACCCCAUGAUUGGGUACACUACUAGCAGCUACUACUACUUCCAAUACUACUACUUCUACUAGUCCUGGUACUGUUAGAAUAUGAAGUUGUGAGGAUAGCAGGGCGUUCUUGUUCUUACCAAUGCAGAACUUUCAGUGAGCAUGUAAAGGAGGACUAAGGAAGGAUGAUCAUGUUCAAGGCUGUCCUUGUCCUUGUCCUUCGGGCUUUGUCCACCUACUCAGUAGCUGUUCAACCGCAAAGGACAAGGACAGCCCUUUCCGCAUCUGACUGGUGUCAGAUGAAGUUGUAGGGAAGGUCUUAGGGUGAGGGUGUGUGUUGUACUUACCCAAAAAUUGGCUAUGACUACAUUUUUAGCAUCCAUGUUGGGGUAGGAAUACGUCACUCGGAGCUGGGAGUGGAAUUUUCUACUUCAGAUUUUUCUACUUCAUCGCUUCAACUACAACCUGUA